AAACAAAGACCUGGCAUCCCCGCGGAUAUCCCACUGCCUCGGGACAGAAAGAGUGGGUUUGGCGUCGCAAACGUCCCACAGACACUUCUUAACGGCAUCAGCAUGAUUUUUGAUGCAAAUCACGUAGUUCUCGACUAUGCUACGGGUGACUAUCGGGCCAAGGUGCUGGGACCGCCCUAUUCUGCCGCCCGGGCAUCGGGGUUAUCAGGAAACGACCGCGCCGAGCUUGUUCAAGGACCACACGCUGUGGAACACCAGAAGCCGCACCCACAAGCACGACGAGGCAGUCCUCCGGCUCGAACCUCCAGAGAAUACCCUCCUCCCUCCUCCUCC